GUUAAAAAAUUUAAAUGUAUAUCAAUUUAUUACUUAUUUUUUAAAUGUAUUAGUAUUAUAAAAAUCGGGGUUAUGCUUAUGGCAUUUUACAGUCUAAACAAUAAUUUUAUUAGUGAGAACUACAGCGUAAAAAUUAAAUUACUUUGGCGUAACUGUAGACGAUAUCAGGCAAGCUGUAGACACUUCCACUAUUAGGUUGUUAACAUCAAUAUAACCUAACAAUUUUCGUUACGUUUUUACACGUUUUAUUCUACAUUCAGAUAAUUGAAACAUGGCCAAGCAUCACCCCGAUUUGAUUUUCUGUCGCAAGCAGCCGGGGGUCGCUAUAGGGAGGUUGUGUGAGAAGUGCGAUGGCAAAUGUGUAAUCUGCGACUCGUACGUUAGGCCCUGCACAUUAGUGAGAAUUUGUGACGAGUGUAAUUACGGUUCUUACCAAGGCAGAUGUGUAAUUUGUGGUGGUCCAGGUAUCUCUGACGCUUACUACUGUAAAGAAUGCACAAUUCAGGAAAAAGACAGGGAUGGUUGUCCAAAAAUUGUAAAUCUCGGUAGUUCAAAGACAGAUCUCUUCUACGAGCGGAAGAAAUACGGUUUUAAGAGACGUUAAAGUGGUUUCUAUGUAAUAAAUAAACAAAUAAUUUUA